UCUAGCAGACUCAUUUCUGCACCGUCAAGGUCAACAUUAGCACAGCACAAAGGUUUUAAUCCUCUGGAGGAAAAUAUAAGAGAAAACAUGUCACUGCAUAAUGAGCUUCGCCUGACGAGGCAGUUGUGUGACGCUGUCAUCAGGGUGGACGGUGCUGAAUUUUCCGUGCACAAGCUUGUCCUGUGCAAAUGCAGCCCAUAUUUCAGGGCUCUGUUUAGCCGCUGGUCAACACCAGCCUGUGCGACCUUUGACAUCCCUGAAGUCACACCCUACCAAAUGUGCCUCAUUAUUGAUUUUGCCUACACAGGCUAUGUUCCUCUGACAAAUGAAAACGCUCUGGAGCUCUUCAUAAUGGCAGACCACUUUGGUAUUAGUGGCCUUUUACAAGCUUGCAGUGAUUUCUUGGAGAAACACCUGAGCCCCCUGAACUGCAUCCAAAUCUGGAAGCUUACGUACACGUUCUACCACCCUGAACUUAGAGACAAUGCCUUUUCAUAUGUCCUUAGACAUUUUGAGGAGGUUGUCUCUACUUGUGGAGAUUUCCUUCUUCUCUCUGCACAGAGUCUUGCUGAUAUCAUUGGCAGUGACCUGCUAAUUGUAAAGCGGGAAGAGAUAGUAUAUGAAGCCAUUCUUAAAUGGAUGAACUAUGCACCUGAGGAAAGGAAAGAAUACAGCUCACUGCUGUUUCCCAAGGUCAGACUGGCUUGGAUGUCUCCAAAGUACCUGCGUGAAAACGUGAAUGAGAGGGAAUUUGUGGAAUCAAUUCCAGAACGUCAGGCGAAGUACUUCCAGUCUCUGAAAAUCAUUCCAGACCACUGGAGGGAGACAAGCUACAGGUCCUUCAUCUGCCCAACUUUGGCAAAGCCCCGAGUCCCCCCCGCCCUCAUGCUGGCUAUAGGUGGAUGGACUGAGAGAGGCCCUACCAGUUUGAUUGAAGCCUAUGAAUCCAACACUGAGUACUGGAAACGUGCGCCUAUGACCACAGAAACUUCCCUGGUUUAUCAUGGGAGUGUUUUCCUCAAUGGAUCAGUUUAUAUUGUUGGUGGCUUUGAUGGUGUUAAGCAGCCCAAUGCCAUGCACAGACUUGACUUGGCCUCAAUGACCUGGUAUGAGGUGUCACCAAUGCACAGCAAGCGCUGCUUCGUUAGUGUCACCGUGAUGAAUGGGUUCAUAUACGCCAUGGGAGGUUGCAAUGGAUCCCAACGGCUCAACACUGUUGAGCGCUACGAUCCAAGAAGCAACCAAUGGACGCUUAUAUCUUCCAUGCAUGAGAAAAGGAGUGAUGCCAGUUGUACAACCCUUAAUGGCAGAGUGUACAUCUGCGGUGGCUUUAAUGGAAGCGAGUAUCUAUCAACAGCUGAGGUUUACAACCCAGACACAGACCAGUGGACCAUGAUUGCCAACAUGAGCAGCAAACGCAGCGGACUUGGUGUUGCUGCUUUUGGUGACUAUAUCUUUGCAGUUGGUGGUUUCGAUGGAUUCUCACGUUUAAACACUGUUGAGGCCUACAAUGUCUCCACCAAAACCUGGUGCAAAUUUCCCAGCAUGAAAAAGAAACGCAGCAACUUUGGCAUUUCCGUGAUGGAAGACCUCCUCUUUGCCGUCGGAGGCUUUGGUGGCGUCUCUACCAUCUCUGAUGUCGAAUUCUAUGACAUUAAGGCCAACAUGUGGGUCAAAGCCAACAGCAUGAAGAUGUCCCGCAGCGCUCUGAGCUGCUGUGUGGUGGACAGGCUCUACAACACAGCUUAUUAUGCUGACCAUCCCAAUUCUGGCCAGCUCAACUACUUACCUUCAGAUGAGGAAGAAGAGAUGGAGCAAUGA